AUGGCGCCGAAUAGAUCAACUCACAGACUACAACGCUUUCUGAUACAGUUGUUAGAGGUGGUGAUAGAAACAAGUGAGGAUGGGCUUGAGGAAUUUCGCGAUGAGGCUUUGAGCCCACUGACCAUUAUCGUAUGGCUCAAAUUAGCCGGGCGCUCACUGCGCAAUAGGAUGAAGAAAAGGGGCGUUGUUAGGUCCAUACCAUUGGUUCUCCCCAUGAUUUCCUUGCCCGUCUUGAUACCUCUGGCGUGGCUCGCCGCCUUUUUGGGAUACCUGCUUCUGAGUUCGCCCGCCGUCAUCGGGGUUUUCAAGAGCCUUUUAUCCUACUUGGAACGGGGAAUCCAGAAGAAGCAGGAUACCGCAUUCCGAGAACAGUUCUUCCUUCCUCUGCGAAAGGCGCCCGGGAUACACAAGCCACAGAUGGUCUUUGAAUCACCUCGGACAAAUAGGUUUUUCUUACUUCCCCCUGAGCUUCGCUACCAGAUUCUUAACGAAGCGUUCGGUGGGGGGCGGACCUUGCACAUGAGCCUGGAGUUCCAGUACCCAUACUAUCUGGCAAAUAUUGAAAGAUAUAACGAUCCUCGGUUUGGCUGUCAUGCCAAGAUCGAACGCCUGGUCACGGUUAAUAAUUCCCACCUGCAAACAAAUAAACCCAAGCAGUGGGUAUGGUUUGGGUGUGUCUGCCAUCGUUCCUCAUGCCAUACAUCUAAAACAGCUCGAUAUCUUGAUAAAUUCGGCGACAAAAACGGGGUUGUAUCCAGAGACUGUGACGCUCCAUGCGAACCUAAAGAUGACAGAUGUCUGGAGGGUGUCGCUCGUUGUAAGCAAUGGCCGGGAACAUGGCCAGAGAAAUGCCAAAUUGGGAUUUUCGGAUGGCUCCUCACCUGCCGACGAGCGUACAGCGAGGGCUUCAGCGUGCUGUAUGGGAAUAAUACUAUCAACAUUGCUUCGCCUGCCCUCCUUCGAAGUAUUCAAGAUGUCCUACCUCAAGAAGCCCUGUUUUGCAUGACUUCACUCGAACUCGUCUUUGACCUGGACAGUGUCCCUUUUGACGAGGCCUUUAAGACUACGUCGAAGAAGAGGGCCCGAGAGCACUCCUCACCUCUCUUCCCAUCCAUGGCCACUCUUCGAGUUGCCUUUUCAAAAGGUUCUCGUAGCGCUAGCUCUCUCGGACUUGACCGAAACGAUCUUCACUGGACUGAAAUUAAGAAAGCCCUUCUCGGGCAGUUGUUCCCAAUGAUUGAUGGCUUUCUUGAAAGGGCCUUUCCCACUACAACGGAUGUAGUGAUAUCCUGUCCAUCAUGGAGCUGGUAUUCGGCUAUUGACCUGGUUCUCAUCGAUCAGCAGGGUAAAGAUACCUCUAAGGCGCAGCACUCAAGUUUCAAAGGUACCAAAUUCUGGAGACAGUCCCCUGCGCAAGAGGUGAUCUCACUCGAGAAUGGGAAUGUUCAGGCGCUGGAGGAAGGGACGCAACCAAAGCCCUUGCGAACCGGCUUCUGGGUUCAUAGUUCCGACAGGCCAAUGCACACUCGUUCAUGGCGAGCCACUGAGGCCCCAGGAGUGCUCAAGAACCACCACUACAUUGCAAUUCAAUUUGCCACCUAUCUUAAUAAAACUACCUUUUAUAACUUCAUAGUGUUUCCCAGGCGAGUUCUCAGCAUCCCAGUUAGUGAGGCGAUGUACUCUUGGGCGAGUCGAUGGCCUACUGCCCUCGCACUGGUGAUCACUUAUCCCAUCAUCCGCAUCAUCUACAAUCUGUAUUUCCAUCCUCUAGCCAAGGUUCCCGGCCCAAUUACGUGGUCGGCGUCACGGCUGCCAUUUGUCUUUGCGCUUCUUAGAGGAACCAUUGUGCACGACUUUCAAGAUCUCCAUCGCCGAUACGGACCAAUCUUGCGGAUCGCGCCGGAUGAAGUUACCUUUGCUCAGCCAGAUGCGUGGGCAGAUAUCUUCCAGCUGAGGCCUGAUCACCAACACUUUCUCAAAGACCCAGUCUGGUGGAAGCGACAGCCCGGCAAGCCUGAUUCCCUCAUCAGCGCCAUUGACCCAGACUCGCACGCUCGGAUUCGCAAGGCACUUGCCCCUGCAUUCACUCCACGCGCCUUGCGCUCUCAAAAGCAUGUCCUUCACCGAUAUGUCAACCUUCUGGUUGAAAGGCUUCAAGAAACAGUAAAGAUACGGUCUCAGGAAGCUGAGCAGGCAGUGGUAGACAUGUCGCCCUGGUUCAACUUCACCACAUUCGAUAUCUUCGGAGAUCGAGGCUAUGGUGAGUCCUUUGACUGUCUGGAAGCCUCCCGUUACCACCCAUGGAUCUCACUUCUCUUCAACAGCGUCAAGGCUGCUUCUUACGUAGCAGCUGCGCGCUACUACCCCGUACUUGAGUAUCCACUUCUCAAAUGCAUCCCGGCAUCGCUUCAAAAAAUGGCAGAUGAUCACUAUCGACAGAUUGUGGACAAGGUCAAUCGGCGUUUCAACUGGGAGCUAGACCGCCCAGACAUAAUGUCGCAUGUGAUGAUGACCAAGGAUGAGCCAGAAGGGAUGACCACCGAUCAGAUCUACUCGACGUUCAUGGUUUUGACAACGGCGGGGAGUGAAACAACGGCCACGGUUCUGUCAGGGACUCUGAAUUACUUAACUGGCAACCAGGACAAGCUUCGCAAGCUGGAGUCCGAGAUAUUCGGUGCCUUCAAAAGUCGAGAAGAGAUCAAGUUAGACACUCAGAAGGACCUGCCGUAUCUCAAUGCUGUCAUCAAGGAGGGCCUUCGGCUCUGUCCUCCAAUCCCUUGGGUACUUCCGAGGAAGGUACCGCUACAAGGAGAUACCGUGUGUGGCGUCUGGCUGCCCGGAAGGACGUCUGUAUCGAUCCAAGCAUACACGAUGAACCGAGACCCUUACUACUUCCAUUCACCGACCAACUUUGUUCCUGAGCGAUGGCUCCCCGAGGUUAUCGCAGACAGUAACUCUAUGUUUUACAAAGACCAGCGGCACGGUCUUCAACCCUUCAGUAUGGAACCACGCAGUUGCAUGGGACAACAUCUAGCGAUGGCUGAGAUGAGGCUCAUCCUGGUAAGCGUUGUAUGGAUAUUUGAGUUUCAGCCGGCGGGCCAGACCUGCGCUGGGAGGAUCUGA